CUCCCCCCUCUCCCUACACGGCAUAGCCUGCGUCGGCCAGACCGGACACGUGAGUUGCUAACAGUUAGCGUCGCAGAGACCUCCACCGGGGCGAGAGAGUCGUCCCCCCGCCCAGCUAACACCACGGCGACCCCAAGCAGCGACAUGGAGGCGGCCACAGUGCCCAGCGACGUCGCUAGUCGCUCGUGUAAGACGCCUGCAGGUCCCGAAGACGCGCCCGAGAUCGUAGGCGAACCUGUGACGCUCGAGGAGCUUGUGCCUAAGAGCAAGCAGCAAACCGCCGCGAGCAAGGAGAAAGAGAACAAUGAGGCCGAGCAGGAAGCGCAAGAAACGUCAGAGAUAGACACAACAGCGGAGAGCGUGGAGCCUGUCGAGUCGACGACAGAGAGCGACGACGCGAACGAAAAUAUCGACAGUAUGGCUGCCGAUACGGAGGUUUUGAUGGACUUGGCAGCCUACGACGACGACGACGAGGACGACGAGUUCCACGAGGCCAUGGAGGACGGCGUAGACUUGUUAGAUGAGGACGCCGUCAAGCCUGCAGUGCCUCAAACGAUGAGUUUCUCGGUGAACGAGAUGGAAGUCAUCACGAACCGUGGCGGACGCACUGGCAGUCUGUCCAAGUUCCUGGAUGACGCUGACACGUACCGUCGACGCUCGUUACCAUCGUAUCCAGAGGACCAGCUCUUCUCUGGGUCUCUAAAUCAGAAGAAAAUGACGCUUCCCGCCUUCCUGGACAUGCAGAUCGACCCUGUGCUGGAGAUUCUAGAGGAUACCGACUCCGACAUCCGACUGUGGCUCAUGCAGCCCGAGACAGUGAAGGAAGUACUCGCAGAGUUUGUCACUCCACCCGUACUUAGUGGGGAGCCUCAUGAAGAGUACGGCUACUACAAGAAACACUUCUUAUGCUCGGAAAUCAUCAUGAAACUGUACACUGGAGAGGAGGAUCUGUACGAAUCCUUCUCUUCGGACUCCAGUUCGGGCUCUACAGCGUCCACCGCGGUGUUUGGAUGCCAGGAACCUGAGGACAUCGACAAGUGGGAGCAAUUGUACUCGAUCUUCAAGAACCCCAUCCCAUUGGAUGAAAUGCAGCUGCUGUUCUUCAGUAAGGCUCUUGUACGUCUCCAUGACGGCUUCUGCUUGGAGGAGGGCUACGUUAACAACGUACUUAAGCGGUUCCUGCCCAUGGUCAUCCCUCACUUGUACUCGAACACGAUCAAGUACAUGCUGACGCUUAUACUGCAGAGCUACGAGAGCGUCCAUCCCAUCACAGGACGCAAUGACGCUAUGGAGAUCGCUGCGAGGCUGCUGGCCGAGGCCACGCGGGUAGAUCCCUCUAAGCCGGAGAACCUCCCUCUAGUAGAGAAUACCACCAAUCUACUGGUCGAUAUGCUCCAAGCCAAUCAAGCAGACCGUUUAGGAGCCUUCAGUCGACGCGAAGGAGGUGUAUACUUGUCCAAGUACUUUGUUCGCGACCAGUUCGGCACAAUUCGAGGCUUUGAGUCGAUGACUCAUGGCUACCACAACUUCUUACAGUACAUGUUGUUGGAGGAGAUGUCCAAACAGCCGGUUAUAGUCGAAGAAAUCUUCAAGAACGCGUCGGAUGAGCUCGCAAUUAUCCGCGACAAGCAGCUGACGGAAGUCUCGAGUGCUCUGAACAUCCACGUGGCUGCUGAGCUGUUAGUUUUGUGUCAGAAGCUGCUGAACGAGAGCGCGGAGAGCGACGAAGACAACCAGACACCCGAAACGGAGGCGCAGAACACGCAGAUGUUCGGAUAUUCCAGUUUCCAGGCCGAGCACUACCCGAACUCGCCACAUGACGGCAGUAACGAGACGUCCAUGUACAACUUGACGUCUCUACCUCGUGGCCAUGCGCUCUGGACUCAUGUGCUUGAUGUGGCUCGGAAAACCAGCGGCUCUUUCGUGUCGCAACUGAACAAGGGACUGCCUUCGUCUGUGGAGAUCUCAUUGGCUAAAUAUCUGAACAACCUGGUGUUGCUCAAUGACCCCAGUUUGGACGAGGAGCUGCACAAUGGUGGCCUUAUCCAGGCGUAUCUGUCGAUUCUGGAGAAGAGAUCGUCGUUCGACAUGCUCAUUAUCCACGUGGUGCCGGCGAUCUCGUUCAUCCUGCGUGAUGCAGAUGCCUCGAGAGCGAAGAACUGUCCGCUGACUAAAGAUCUCUUCGGUGUGGACAUUAAAGUGCCAGAGAACAUCAUCAGUCUGCUGCUACGAGCCAAGGUGGACAUCCAGUCGCUGGACAUCUACGCGGCUAUACUACACGACGUGAUCGACGAGGUAUUCACGAGCAAGGCGCCGUCUCAGAACAACGCACAGGUUGUGUUCCAUUGCAAGCGCAAUCCUGCGUGGGCGAAGCUGUCGGAGAAGACGCGAUUCAGUAGCGGAUCGGAGACUUCGCGUUGCUCGGACGAACGGAGGAGUUCGGUGGGUGAACAGGCUACAAGGAGCGAGCGUGGCUCGGCUGUGGAGCCUGCUGUCGAAGAGGAAGCUCCGACUUUGCUGCAGGAGGAGCCGGAAGCCUCAGCUGAAGAACCAGAAGCCACAGAGCCAGGUACAAGAAACUCUGUUAGUGAGAAGGAAGCCCCGUCUGAGUCCGAAUCACCUGAGACGACAGACGCUGAGAAGGGCGAGGACUCUCAAGUGGAGGAGGCUCAGACAACUCCGCCUGCUAUCGUCACUGACACCAACACAAAGGAAGCUUCACCGUCGCCUACGUCCAAGGAGGAUUCUCCAAAGAACUCACCGCAGGAAAAGACCGAGACAAACAGGAACAGCGAAGGCGAUGGGUCUCGCAAGUCCAACUACUUCAAGAAUGUUCUCCAGUCUCCUGUAUUCAAAUCCCCGAUGCGUCUGGGUUCAGUUAUUAAGCCACCAGUUGCUCCACCAGCUCAAGACUCGGGCUCGUCGCAGUCUAACGGAGACAGUAAUCAGCGCAACUCGUUCGGUUGGAAUAGCGUGUUCAAGCGUCUACGGAAGUCGCUGGUGACAACGCACAAUGAAAAAGUAGACAAGAAGGUCUUGGCGCUGAGUAACGAGGCCUACGCUUCCCCUAAUGUGGCCCCUCGCCAGACCGAUGUGUUCGUUGUGGACACAUCUCGCGGUGAAGACGUCACUACAUUCGUGAACCGCGACGCUGGAGUGAUAGUCACUGAUGUCCCCGCAGCUUCCUCUAAGUCUUCCGAGUCUAUGAACGUCAUCACAGCAGGCUACAUGUACAAGAACAAAUACCCCGAGACCGGCCACAAGAACGCGUGGGAGCGAUACUACUUCGUACUCAAUCGCUCGGACGGUUCCUUGAGCUACUACAUUAGUGAGGCUCAUGCCAAGGACCGCACGUUCGUCCGAGGAACGGCACGUCCGCUUACGGUGUCCGAGGGUCUCCCCAUGCACGUCCACGGUCAGCACAAUGUGUUUGGCUUCCAGAUCAACACACAAGGACACGGAGCGUUCAUGGUAUUGGUGGACUCUAUCGACACGCGACUCACUUGGCUGACUGAGAUCUUGGUCUGCGUGUCGAAUGCCAACCCGUCGCCUCCACUGCCCAAGCAGCGACUGUCGUUGGUCCCUGACGAUGCACCAAAGCAGCGGCUGUCAGCGACUACGAGCUCGAUCAGCUCGUUGAAGUGCAACAAGGAGGAGAUGAGGGAGUUGGUGGUGGAAUUCUACCGCAAUUUGUUCGGUCCGAACCUGAAAUUCUCGUCGCCGUUGGACGCGCCGGCGUCUUUUUGGAUGGAAGAGAAGAUCGACCCCGUGUCGGACGGCUGCGUGUUGAGCUCGAAUUUACCAGAUUGUGUACCGUACUGGGGCGAAUUCCACGGCUACAAGCGACUGUGUGACUACUGGAAGAUUCGCGACGAGACGGUGGAGCGCAGUAGCGGCCGCGUGCUGCGUAUCCUGGUGGAUGAGGACGAGGAGACGGCAGUGGUGAUGACGUCGACGACGUUCCGGAUCCUGCGCAACAGCGAGAUCGUGACGGAGGAGUCGUGCGAUAUCGUUAGCGUGAGCGGCGGCAGCAUCGUGAGCAUCCACUGCACCUUCGACUCGCAUCGCAUCGCCCAAGCCUUUAAAAAGGAGGGGAUCAGCGCGUCGUAGGCGUCCUGGACGGUUCAUUGUGUUCGUGAUAUGCGUGCAAGUGCGUGUACGUGUUUUGGAGCAGAAAGCGCAGACGUUGGUACUCCUCCUGGACUGAGGCGGAGCAACAGAGCUGCGAAUGAAUCGAUGACGACAAAAGUGACACUUGAGUGGGUUUGGCUGACGACAGAGCCGAGCUUCCUGCUCCUGUCACCUUGAUUUCCACAUGUAGAGACCUAGAGCGAGAGAGCAGACAGAGAACUAUGUUGUAUCGGGCACCGUGCAAGGACGGCAGCCCAAUUUCCUUUUACUACUACCCCCAUAUUAACGUUUCUUGAGCAAUAGCCAAUGUCAGAUACGAGCAUUGUUUUCGCUUUAUUGUCAACAACGUUGCAAAAGCC